AUGAGGAGGCUCCUGGACGUGGAGCCCGACGCUUACACCUACCCGUUUCUUCUGAAGCUUUGGUCCGAUCUUGGUCAAGGGAAAGCAGUCCACUCCCUCGUCCUCAAGCACGACGUGCUCAGCUCCCACCUGCAUGCUUUGACUUCUUUGGUUGCUUUCUACUGCAGGUGCGGUGAUCUCGGCUCUGCACGUUCCCUGUUCGACAGAAUGACCCACAAGAAUCUGGUUUCGUGGACGGCCAUGAUUUCUGGCUGUACCAAGCACAUGAGGUAUGAGGAGGGACUGGCCUUGUCUCGAGAAAUGCUGCUUUCCGGGGUAGAUAUAAAUGAGUUGACAUUGGUCAGUGUACUGUCGGCUUGUGCUCAUCUCGGAGCCCUUGACGUGGGUAGACGGUUGCAUUGUUACAUCCACCGGAAUCGUGUUCCUCUUAACCCUUUACUCGCUGCUGCGCUUAUCGACAUGUAUGCAAAAUGUGGGCACAUGGACAAAGCCUCUCGAGUCUUCCAAACGGCACCUCUAAAGAGCGUUUCGACUUGGGAUUCUCUCAUCGGUGGACUUGCUAUUCAUGGUAAUGGAAGGGAGACCUUGGAGAGGUUCCAGCAAAUGCAAAUGGAUGGAACAAAACCGGAUGAUGUUAUGUUACCUUCAUUGCCUUGUUAUCUGCUUGCAGCCAUUCAGGACUGGGCAGGCCGAAUAGAGGAGGCUUACCAGGUCAUGAUAGAUAUGCCCAUUGAACGCAAUGAGUUCGUCUGGGGAGCUCUGCUCAAUGCAUGCACUCGCAGUGGUAAUGUUUUGUUAGCUGAGAGUGCCAUGGAAAAGCUCGUUGAGUUGGAGCCAUUCAACGAUGGAAACUACGCUCUCAUGUCAAACGUUUACGCUGCUAACAGACAGUGGAAUGAUGUUGGCAAGGUCUGA